AGGAAAUAUGAUGGAGGCUUACUGAAAAGGAGAACCACUGGAAUACAGAGAGAGGGCAUAACUUUAGCUCAGAGCAGGAGGGGAAAUGAGAGAUUGAGUAGGAGACUCAAUAUUGAGGCAAAGUCUAAAUUUUCUUUGCUGCCAUCAGUGACUGGUUCAGAAAAUGACGGGUGAGAGGAGGAAGCCAGACUAGUGGUAUGGAAGGGGAGGUUUGUUGACAUCAGCCAUCAAAGACUUGCUGAGAGAGAGAAGGAAACACCUGCAGACGAAAUGCUGCUUCUGUACCUUCCAUCGUUGGCUCUUCUCCUCCCAGGCAGUGACAAUGCACAUGUGGUCCAGGAACAGAUCUCAUUCCAUCUCAUCCAGAUCUCAUCCUUCGCCAACCAAUCUUGGGCAAAGCAUCAAGGCUCAGGUUGGCUGGAUGAGUUGCAGAUUCACGGCUGGAAAAGUGAAUCAGGCACAAUAAUAUUCCUGCACACCUGGUCCAAGGGCAACUUCAGCAAUAAGGAGUUUGUAUUCCUGGAGCUGCUAUUCCGUGAAUACUUCAUUGGAUUAACUCAGCAGAUUCAAACUCAUGCCAGUCAAUUUCAUUUCGAAUAUCCCUUUGAAAUACAAGCAAGUGCCGGCUGUGAGUUACACUCUCCAGAGAGCCCAGAAAGCUUCUUCCAGGCCGCUUUUGAAGGAUCAGAUUUCCUGAGCUUCCAAAACAUAUCAUGGGUGCCAGCUCCAGAGGGUGGGAGUAGAGCCAAGAAAAUCUGUGAUCUCCUUAAUCGCUAUGAAGGCAUCAAGGAAAUAGUGUACAAUCUCACCAGAAACACCUGCCCUCGAUUCCUCUUGGGUCUCCUAGAUGCGGGAAAGAGGGAGCUCCAAAGAAGAGUGAGACCAGAGGCCUGGCUGUCCAGUGGCCUCACCAUUGAGCCGGGUCCACUAUUGCUGGUUUGUCACGUCUCUGGUUUCUACCCCAAACCUAUCUGGGUUAUGUGGAUGCGAGGUGAGCAGGAGCAAGUGGGCACCAAGCAAGAUGAUAUUCUUCCUAAUGCCGAUGGAACGUGGUAUCUUCGGGUGAUCCUGGAGGUGGCAGCUGAGGAAGCAUCUGGCCUGUCUUGUCGAGUGAGGCACAGCAGUCUAGGAGGCCAGGACAUGAUCCUCUACUGGGGACACCACACUUCUGUGAACUUGGUCCUCUUGGCAGUGAUAGUACCUGUGAUACUUCUGCUCAUCCCUGUAUUAGGGCCUCAUGUCAGAAUAUCCUGUGAGAUGCCUCACGACGUCUCCCCAUUGCAACAAGAGCCUGACCACCCAGGGGCUUAG